AUGCUCUUACCAAAGAGAUCUGCUGAAAAACCCCCUAUUAUAUCAGUUCAGAGUCCUUUAAGCCAAUCCAAACUACACGAUACACCGCCUCACAUUAACCCAAAUGACAGCGGUCCUGAGCUACCUCCAUUAGUUGGCAAAUCAACUCAAAAUCUUGUCGGUAGUUUCGCAUCAAGCCAAAUGUUUAAAGGAUUAAUGCUAAGCAGUACUGGACGACUUGAUGGCACUCCAAGUCUUUCAACCAGUAGUUUUAAUCCUAGUCCGUCAACAUGUUCAAAACAGCCACGUUCUGCUGAAUCUCAUUUGAAUCCACUUAUUUCUGCAGAAAGUCAGUCGAUAUCUCACCUUCUUGACGCGACACUCUUGGAAUUUAUUAAAGCAUUCGAUUACAUGGACGCACCCAUCAAAAAGUUGAAUUCCAAUGAAGAGCUGCGUAACGAAGCAGACUUGUUAAAAGCUGUAUCUAUACCCACUCUGCCCAAUGAAUUGAUACCGCCCGUCUCAAGUAGACGCCCUUCAAUGAUCUCUCAAAUCGUUGACAGCAACCAUUCUUGCACUCAUGAAAAUAAUCUUCGAAAAAAACUCAUUUGUAGUUUAAAUCAACUUGAGCCACUCAAUGGUGAAACCCAUUUGAGUAAAACAGCUGUAGACAUUGCAAGUAGUUUUGCUGGUAUGAAUCAAACAACUUUUGACCUACCCCAAGAAUCCAACAGCGAAUCUUCAACCAUAUCAAAUACAAAUCAAAAAGAGAAACAACAGAAAAUGGGUAUUAUCCUGUCUGAUUGUGAAAAGAAAAUAUCUACUAUGCAUCAUAUUCGCGAUGAUAUGCUCGAGUCAAAACACAGGGCUGAAAAUGAUGAACGUGAACGACUUGCCGAGGCAUACAAGGGAUUUGAUGCCAAAUAUCAAGCAUCUGCUACACCGCUUUCCAACACAGUUCUCAAGUUUAAUAACGAGACAUUUAGAAACAAUGGGUUGAUCUCGUUCUCAGCCGAUGUGGAAAUUGAACAUGACAAGCAGACGCAUACACAACGGUAUCAAAAAAAUCAGAAACCUAUUCGGCAAAUUCGCAGAUAUUCGUUUCCGCGUACUGAUACCAAACUAAACCGAUUUUUGUUUGCAGAGCAAAAGAACCAAUUGCUGGAACUCGAUGCUGUAGAUGUUCUUGAAGUAGAUUAUGAACCAGAUGAUUGGCGCACUUCCAAGGCCAACACAAAAGAGCAAUCUUUUACUGAAAGAGCAAAAAAACAUCAAGCCAGUAUUGCUUCUAUAACUGAGGAAACUAAAAUCAGGAAUCGUAUGAACAACAGAAUUUACUAUCUUUCUAACCCUAGAUUCCCAGUUAAGCAGCCUUUCAAGAAAAAUACAAUCAAACAGUUUCUAAUCCCAUCAAUAUCCCACAAUCAAGAUUCAGGCUUAACUUCAUGUACCCCUAUGAUCAAAACACCGAAACACCUUCACUCUACCUGCGGAAUCAUAGCCGAACCAGCUACUAUUUAUUUUAGUGACUAUACACCAUACUGUAGAUAUGACAAGGUGCUCACCAUUCGCAAUACAUCCCACGUUGCCCACAGAUUUCGUGUCAGCACGGGUACACCUUAUCAUUAUUCUCAGUUUUUUAGUUUUAAGCUUACUCAUUGUCCAUUAGAUAACAAUGGACUAGUUGCUCCAGGACUAUCAUGCGAAUAUACCAUUUCAUUCACACCCAACUCGUAUGCUGAUUUCAGUCAAUCAUUAUGCAUCAGUACUGAAAUGGGAAACUCGUUUACUGUAGAUAUGGUGGCAAAGCGCCAGCCACCUGAACUGACACUUCCAAAAAUAUUGGACUGUGGUCCAUGUAGAGCCGGAUUUUUCACGUUGCGUCAAUGGGAUUUCAUUAACAAGGGAGGCCCAGCCAGAUUUCAGAUCAUGAGUCCAGAAGAAGAUUUAGAUCCAUUCGUGGUAUUUGACAAAAUUGGUGCAGGAAACCACUUGACACCUGAAACCAUUCGUGUAGGUCCAUUUGAAAUAUCACCUUCGUAUUUCUCACUUGGUUCAGGUGAAUCGUCUAAAAUCUCUGUCAGUUACUCCCCUUCAGAUACGCAAAUGAUAAAUCAAGAUCGCACUUGUUUGAAUGCACAUGAAAAUGUACUGCGUCGAAUCGAUUCUACUCUUCUUCGCGUAGCGUGCGAUAAUUGCCAGGUGAUUGAACUCCCUCUUUCAGGAAUUGCUGAACAGCCACGGGUGGAGAUUGUGAGAAUCGAACAGUAUGCAAACCAAGUUACCACGCAUGCCAACCUACCACAUAAUUCUCAAUUCGACUUGAUUCACAAUUUUGGCGAUCAGAACCCACAUGGUAUCAGUUCCUUGAUCAUUGUAGUGCGGAACUUGACGCCCCUGCUUCUAUCUUUUAGAUGGGCUCAAAGUGAUAACAUUCGAAACAAAAGUUUUGAAUUGGUAAAACAUAUUACACCCAGCUCAUCCUUUAGUAUCAGAAACUCCAAAGGAUGGCUAGAACCCAAUGCUGAAACAGCAUUUACAAUCGAAUUUAGUCCUGAAGCGAUUCGAUCGUUUGAUGUCGUAGCUGAACUUAUAUUGCUUAUGGAUCCAAACUCCAGGGAAAGCCAUGAAAAUAUUCCUGGAAUGCUGGGUGACAUUGACGAACAAAGUCUCCUGACACUAAGAUUGCUAGGCAAUGGGAUUCCAUACAAUGCCCAACUUGACACACAUCUGCUUCACAUUCCCAAAGUACUUUUAAGUGGAGAGUCGUAUAGUACAAAAAUUAGAUUAACUAAUCAUAGCGUGUGGAAACUGCCUUUUGAAUGGAUGCUGGAAGGCAUCGAUGAGAAAUCAAUGAAUGUCGAGGUUUCUGAAUUGAAUGGAACAGUUGAACCUCAAGCUUGUCAAUACAUCAAAGUUGUAUUUACCGGCGGAUUUCCCAGCACUGUCAAUGGCGCGUUGGUGUGUAACACCGCACAUGGUAUGGGUCCAUUACUACGUAUAUCUUUGAAAGCUAUAGUUGAACUACCAUCAAGAUCGCUUGCUUUUGAUGUUGAUGUAGUGGAUUUUGGAUUGCUAGCUCUUGGAGAGAAAAAAAGUAUGUCAAUCCCGUUGGUGAACAGCACCUCCAUGUCCAUGAUGUAUGAUUUUAUGGCCAUGAAACGUACGGGGAAAAAUCAACCUAUCGACAGCUACUUAAUCUACAAACCGUCAAAAGGAAUUAUUUCUCCAUAUUCUACACAGGUGAUUGAGCUGUCCUAUAUACCCACAUGGUAUCAAAUACUCCAAGGCUUACUAGAGUGUCGUAUUCACGCUAUAUGGAUUAAAGGACAAGAACCUAUUUCACCAACCUUGGAUGAAAUCAACAGUCUUCCCUGUACCGUGGCAUCUGCAGUCGAAAUUAUCUCUACAGUACAGACACCUUGUAUUAAAAUUCUUUAUCCGCAAUUUCAGUUUUCAUGUUUCUGUAACGUACCGUUAUCUAUCCAGUUGGAUUUAAAAAACCAGACUAUGCUUCCAGCCAAAUUUGAGCUUCACUCUUUCAGCAACGAUAUAUUUAUGGCAACGUUUACUCCGUCAGUGGGAAAAUUAGCUGGAGGAGAGUCUAUUGAGAUUCAAAUCAAAAUUAUAUUUCAUGUGGUUGGAUCGUACACUUUACUGAAACUAUUUGGAAACGUUGAAGGAAUGGUUGAAAACCAUGGAGAAUUAUGUAUGAGCAUGAAUGUAGAUGUCAAACCUCUUAAAGUAUCUUUUCAAGUUCCUGAAAACGAGAAAGCAAUGAAUGCCCGUGCCGUAAUGCUACAUCCUGAAACAGGAAAACGCCAUGCAAUGCGUUCAUCUAAUCUAAGAUUUGAUUUUGGAACCACAUGUCCUAUUUUUGCCACUCGGGCUCGAACGUUGAUCAUUCGCAACCAUUCAGCAAUGGUGUCGCCAUUCAAAAUAGGAUUUGACAAGUAUACCACCAUCGCACAAGUGGACACGCUAAUUGAAAAUUUGGCUGAUGCACCACUUGACGAUCUACAAGAAGAAAUAGCAAACAAGGAGCCUUUUUUGAAUGGACAAGCAUCCUCAGCACCACUAUUGCUUCGAUCCACCAAGGCUCAAAAAAUUGGGUUCAGCUCAAAAUCUGGACAAGGAUAUAUUGACAACAUCAAAAAGGUUCGUCAAAUAAUUCAACGUAUGCAAAUUCUUUUAGCAGAUGGACGCGGUGCAGCAUUUCACGCAUCUCCCAAUCAAGGUGUUAUUCAACCAUGGGGAGAAGUUCAAGUCCGUAUUACUUCCUACAACAAUUUAGUUGGAUUGUAUGAAGAUUACCUUUGGUGUGAGAUUGGAAAUUGGGUUAAACAGCGCAUGCCAGUGCGACUUGGUGUUUUUGGCACGCCAGUAAAAUUUACUGGCCCACAUCUUGUGGCAAAAAAAAGAAAGGAUGACAAGGAAACGGAGCGUGUUAAUUUUGGAUCAAGAAUCAUCAAUCCCGGCUGGUGUGGUGGUGACGGUGUGCGUAUAGGAUUACCAGCAUCACAUAAACCAGAAACACCACUUCAGUCCCAAGCCAUGCGAGUUAGUUCUUUGUCAAGUGGACUAACCAAAGACCCAAACAUGUUGACCGCCUUUACCAAAUCUAUUCUAGUGGAAAAUCAAUCUCCUCGUGAUAUUAUUUUGAAAUGGAAAGUUUAUAUCCGUCAUUCCAAUUUACACGAACAUUCCAGCGAUAACAUGGACGCGCUGGAGGUUGACCAUGUUAUUACCGAUCGGUAUCUGGUUCAUGAUGGUGAAAUGGGUAUUUUGGAAGUAUCACCAAAUGUACUAACCAUUCCUGCAUUUAAAGCCGCACCACUAACGUGUCUAUAUCGAAGUGCCAUGCUUGGUACGUUUGAUGCACUCGUUGUUGCUGAUAUUGGAUAUAUUGAAUCCAAUGGAUCUGUUCGUUAUGCACCAAGAAGAUAUGCAAAACAUCCAUCAAAUGGUGAUCUUGAGCCAGGAAACAGUAUUACAAUCCAGCAGUUGGACACGGUUGCAAAAUUACACAUACAAGCCAGAUGCAUCGAGCCAAAGCUUUCUCUAGACGGUGGUAAUCGAAUACGUAUCAAGCAAACACCUAGGCCUACAUCAACGGAUGGAGAGCCGAUUACAAGCGACAGCGUCAUUGCAUUUCUUAAAAAUAACUCGGAUGCAGUAUGUGAUUUCACCUUGGAAGCUAUCCCCGCCCAUCUAUUUUCAGUUACUGCAUCCAAUCGUUUCCUCAAGCAAGAGGAUCUACCUGAUAGAUGUAAACCAUCUAAAGGUAUUCAUUCUUGCAAAAACAAAAAAUGCAGCGCAGGAGAAUCCAAAAUGUACGAGCUGAAGCAAACUCAGCAGCUGAUGAUAACUGUCAAAUACUUUGGAUUGCUUGAAAAACUGUCUGAUCUACCUCAGCCCACAAAUCCCAUUAUACAGGUACAACAUUGCAACUUCGUUUUGCCAAUUGCAGCAGCUGAAAGUGAUGUAUCUGUUACUCCUGCAUUAAAUGAUGCUGCUUUGAUGGAUUGUGAAAAAGUUGAGCGUAUCGAAACACCGAGUAGUCAAUCUCAGCAGGUCACAGCACUCCCAGCUUCAAAGUCGGCAGUAUCUUUUAAAUUAUACGGACAAAAUAAAUCCGUUUUCAAAUCAAGCAAAUCAGUAUCAAUCAUUGAGCCAGGCGAGGCGCAAGCAACAACAUCAAAACCCACCGAGUAUGCAUUCAUAGAUCACAGUAUUGCAACAAGUAACACAUUGCAAAUUGAACCAGCAUCAUUUAAAGCAAGACAUGGUUCUGAGCAGCUUGAUGGAUCAAACUUGCCUUUGAUCCAAUGCAUAGCACCGCCAUCUCCAACUACUCAAUCGAUUGACACGUCAGAUAAUCAAACUGUCCAGAUACCUUGCGCUGCUGCAGACAUUCAGACAGAAAGAUCGGUAGACUCGGCAAACAGUUUGUUUUCUAAAGUUGUUGAUCCAUUGAUAGAGAGCAGAAUUGAGUCAUACCCGACUGAUAACCUGAUUCCACUACAAGAGUUCAGUCAAACCUGA